UUCCUGGAUGUCUGGAGGACAUAUUUGACCUGCAUGUAGGUGGAUGUACACAGACCAUAUUGUGGAUAGUUUAGUUCGCCUAUCAUCACGUUUGAAGUGUAACAGGUUGUUCGUUAGCAGAAGGGUUGUUUCCGAUACGUCACUUUCACUUCUGGUUGUGUUUACAAACACAGAAGGAUUUCAUGAGGUUGCUCGCGGAAGCCUCAUAUAUGUGCGCGUGCUUGACACGCAUGACCUUAGAUGUUCUGUACGCUGUGCAGUGGGGCGCGAAGCGGAUACGAUAGGGGACAUUUAAUAAUAACACAACACUAGCCUGUGAGAUUCAAGCUGUUUUCUCGCCCUAGAUUGUCGUCUGCUUCACCUCACAGCUCGAAAACCGCCCUCCCCAAAUUCUACGCCAUGGAUGCCUUGAAUAUGUCGGAGAAGGACCAGGAAUCUGCAGAGGCUUCGCCGUCAGCGAUGUCCAGUCUGAGACGACGUCGUCUGCUUCGUCUGGCGUCGUUGGGUGAGAUGAAGAACCUGAGAGCACUGCAUGUGAAAACUGACGAUUUGAUAACCUACGAAGAUUCAACCUUUGCCCAUCCACGGUGGGGAAGGGGACGUCGAAUUCGCUUUUUAUCCACUGGAGAAAUGGCUGGCCAUGACAAGAGACCAAGUCAACUGUUUGUGCCUCGGAUUUCGGUCACACCUGUUGGACUACGUAAAAGCUUCAGCCUCACUGGAGAUUUGGAGUGUGAAGAGAUGGGACUGAAGCAGUUGUGA